AGGGCUCAGUCGUAUGCCGAGCGUCUGCGUCUCGGCCUGGCUGUCAUACAUGGGGAAGCAGAGUCCGACAUGGCAGACGGCAGACACUCUCCUCCAUGUGUGCGCAACACCAUCGGGCAUCCCGGCCUGGAGCUGCCAUUAAUGAUGGCCAAGGAGAAACCCCCCAUCACGGUUGUUGGAGAUGUUGGAGGUCGCAUCGCCAUCAUUGUCGAUGAUAUUAUUGAUGAUGUGGAGGACUAUGUGGCAGCCGCUGAGAUCCUGAAGGAGAGAGGAGCUUAUAAGAUCUACAUCAUGGCCACCCAUGGGCUGCUGUCGGCGGAUGCCCCGCGCCUCAUCGAGGAGUCCGCUAUAGACGAAGUGGUGGUGACCAACACGGUCCCUCAUGAAGUGCAGAAACUGCAGUGUCCUAAAAUCAAGACAGUGGAUGUGAGCAUGAUCCUGGCUGAGGCCAUCAGACGCAUUCACAAUGGAGAGUCCAUGGCCUACCUGUUCCGCAAUAUCACAGUGGACGACUAAACCACACACAUACACUCACAUUCAGUAAUGAUAAAUUUGAGAUUAGGGAAGAGAUGUGCCAAUGCAGUUCCCCAAACACCACAAUCACCUUCAUUCAUCACAGAAAAUCGACUUCAUCUUCUCUUGCCAAAUCGAUCAAUUUGAAACUAAAUAAACGAACAGAUACUCAAAA